AUGGGCGAAUCACGUACAGAACUUCUCCAAUGGCUCAACGAAUUACUUGACAUCAACUACACGAAGGUCGAACAGUGUGGAACUGGGGCUGCUUAUUGCCAGAUACUCGAUUCUAUAUUCGGCGAUGUGCCGAUGGCACGAGUAAAGUUUGCAGCAAAACACGAAUAUGAAAGCCUGCAGAACUAUAAGAUUAUGCAAAAUUUCUUCAAGGCAAAGAAGAUUGACAAGAAUGCAUCCGUCGCCGCUUUAUUUUUGCCGCACGAGAUGGCCGCUGAUCUUCAUACCCAGACUAUCCCCGUAGAUAAGCUAGUCAAAUGCAAGAUGCAAGACAACCUUGAAUUCCUUCAAUGGAUUAAGCGGUAUUGGGAUCAGAAUUAUUCUGGCGAGCCUUACAACGCCGCCGCUCGACGGAAAGGCCAGGCUGGUGAUCCACCCGCGACGAUUGCCCCUGUCGGCCCUGGAAGAUCAUCCGGAGGGACACCUUCUGGAUCAGCACCAAGGGGGAAAACGCCCGUGGGUGGGCAGAGAGUUACCCAGACGAACGUGGAAUUAUUGGCAAUGCAAACCCAGGUCCAGGAAUUGACCACCACAAUGGAAGGGUUAGAGAAGGAGAGGGACUUUUAUUUCGCUAAAGUAUGUACGCAGACCUCGUGUUCGCCCAUAUCUAACGUCGUGGCACAGCUAAGGGACAUUGAAAUCUUGGUUCAACAAGAGUUUGAUGCCGGAAAGGAUGAUGAGGUCCUGAAGGAAAUCCAAAAGAUUCUUUACUCGACGGAG